CGCCGUCCACCAUGUCCCUCGCAAACAAGCUCUCCAUCACCGACCUCGACCUCAAGGGCAAGCGCGUCCUCAUCCGCGUCGACUUCAAUGUCCCCAUGCAGGAUGGCGCGAUCACCAAUCCCGCCCGUAUCGUUGCUGCUCUCCCUACCAUCAAGUAUGCCCUUGACAACGGGGCCAAGACUGUCACUUUGAUGUCCCAUCUCGGCCGUCCUGACGGCAAGGUCGUCGAGAAAUACUCCCUCAAGCCCGUCGCUGUAGAGCUCGAGAAACUCAUUGGCAAAUCCGUCACCUUCUUGCCCGACUGUGUUGGUCCCGAUGUCGAGAACGCUGUAAACUCCGCAUCUCCCGGCUCUGUGAUUCUUCUCGAAAACCUCCGUUUCCAUAUUGAGGAGGAGGGCUCUGUCAAGAACAAGGAUGGCACAAAGACUAAGGCUGAUGCGGCCAAGGUCACCGAGUUCCGCGAGAGCUUAACCAAGCUUGGAGAUGUCUAUGUCAACGAUGCCUUUGGUACUGCCCAUCGUGCCCAUUCAAGUAUGGUCGGCGUUAAGCUGCCCCAGCGCGCAUCUGGCUUCCUCGUCAAGAAAGAGCUCGAGUUCUUUGCCAAGGCCCUCGAAAGCCCUGACCGCCCCUUCCUUGCCAUUCUUGGUGGUGCAAAGGUAUCCGAUAAAAUCCAGCUCAUCGAGAACAUGUUAGACAAGGUCAACUCAUUGAUCAUCUGUGGAGGAAUGGCCUUCACUUUUGCCAAGACUUUGAACAAUGUCUCGAUCGGUGAUUCGUUGUUCGAUCAAGCUGGCUCCGAGAAGGUCAAGGCUCUGGUGGAAAAGGCGGCCAAGAACAACGUUAAAUUGGUCUUCCCCGUCGAUUUUAUCACCGCCGAUAAGUUUGACAAGAACGCAAAGACCGGUACUGCCACCAUUGAGGAAGGUAUUCCGGAUGGCUGGAUGGGUCUGGAUGCCGGCCCGAAGAGUCGUGAACUCUACCGCGAGACGGUUUUGGCGGCAAAAACGAUCCUGUGGAACGGUCCUCCUGGCGUGUUUGAGUUCCCCGCUUUUGCUGGAGGAUCCAAGUCGUUGUUGGAUGACAACAUUGAAGCUGCGCAGAAGGGUGCGACGGUGAUCAUCGGUGGAGGCGACACUGCUACUGUGGCGGCACAGUACGGCGCAGAGGGCAAGCUGAGCCACGUCAGUACCGGUGGAGGUGCCAGCUUGGAGCUUCUUGAGGGCAAGGUGCUUCCUGGAGUGGCAGAGCUGAGCGAGAAAUGACUGGGAGGCAGCAGGCGUGUGCGGCUAUAGACUAUGUAUACAACUAGAGGAACAAAUUGUUGCUGUAUAGUAGGAUUCAUUCAAUCACCCUAUUCAUUGUAUAACGACGAAGGC